AUCCAGAUCGUCUGGUAACACAGAUAUUGCUCUUAUGUUUUUACCGACAUUCGUAUAAUCGCUACUUUUUAACACUCGCUGGUUUAGUUGUCUAUUUAAUACGACAAGAUUUUCGACACGAGUUUUCAGCGGAGACGUUUGUUUCUUUUUUCUUUUGUUCAUGAGAAGCAUAAAAUAUAAAAUUAUAUUGGUUUUGGUGAAAAAGUAAGUGAAAUUAACUGGUUUGAUUGCCUAUGUAGGAAACGUUCAAUAAGUAAAUCAUUUUGUGGAUGAUUUUCUAACUACAUAUGUAAACCUUUUUGUUGAGUGCGGGUGUAUCGCGGCGCAGCAAGUAUGUAUUGUAAUCGCAAUUGUUACACACAAUACUGCAGUAAAACAAUGACCAUAAAUACAUAUUGAAAAAGGGCGCUGCUGAGACAAGUGCGUCAGGAUAGUCACCUAAUUUGCAUUCUGCAUUAGUGAGCGAUAGUGCUGCAAUGAGAAUUUAAAAUGCAUAUAAAUGAAAAAUCGAUUAUGUUGGGUCGUUUUUCUGUUUUUUUGUUCGGUUUUUUCGUUACCACCUAAGGAUACGUGAGACAGGCAAACCGAGACGGCGACAGUAACGAGCACUCUUGUAUGCGGCAAAAGCCGACCUAGACCGAGGCCAGAGCUGCACCAAAAAAGAAAUAAAAACAAUAUACGUUUUCUGACAAGGGGCUGGGUGAAUGAUGCUUUCAAAUUAUUAGCGAGUUUUGAGUGGAUUCAGUAAAGCUUUAUAUUGGAAUACAUACGAUCCUCUACCCCGCCAUUGUCAUCAUCACUUUCCUCCAAAAAUGACGUCGGCCUCCGCUGUGGCAGCGCCGUUACCGGUCAACGAUCUCGAUGUUAUACAAGAUAUGAUAGACAUUUCGGCCGAUCGUUUGGAGGGUUUGCGUACGCAAUGUGCCACCAGCGCUACUCUGACGCAACAGGAAAUUCGAAGUCUGGAGUCGAAAUUGGUGCGCAUGUUCUCCAAACUGUUAUUAACAAAAGCACGUUUAAAUGAGAGAAUACCAGCCAGCGGUUUGCCUCACACAACCGGCACUGAGCUGAAACAGUGGCUUCGUGUUGUUGGUCUAAGUCAAGAAUCAUCUAACAUAUGUCUCACCCGCUUGUCCACAUUGGAACAACUUCUCGACCAGAGUGAUGAAGAACUAAAGCAGUUGCUAUCCAAUAAUCCAAGUUAUCGCACAGAAGAAGAUAUUCGCCGGCUGACGACUGCCAUGCAAAACCUACGUAAAUGUAAGGAAAACUUGGUUAUGCUUGAAGGUGGCAAUGGCGUCGCAACUAGCAGCGGUAAUGAAGGAAAGGAACCACUGACUGAACAAUUAUUUUGGGACUCAUGGGAUCGACAUCACACCCAUCAUCAUCAUCAUCAUCGUGGCAGUAUAGGCAAUAUUGGUAUAAUAUCUUCGCCCCGCACACAUCGCAUGAUCACAAAGCAAGCAAAACAGCAUCAUCAUCAAUCGGCGGGUAGUAGUCGGCAGUCGCCAUCCCAUGAUCACAGCUGCAAAUCAGCUUCAGCGGCUGCAAUAAAUAAUACUACUGACGAUUUGUCAAGUAUGCAAGGGUCUACCCUCACGCUGACACUGACUCCUUCACCUCCUAAUUCCCCAUUCACGCCCACAAGUAUAAUUAGCAAUUUUAGUACAGUCUGCAGUGGUGGCAGCAGUGCUAAUGGUACACCACAACGAGGCAAGCCAGCUGGAACGCCGCCCCCAAUGAAGAAACAUCAGACCUUACUGUCCAGUAUACAACAGCAUACACCUACACACGCGGCUAUUGCUUCUGCAGCUGCAGUUUCUGUAAUGCACGCAAGUCAGCAGCAAGAUUCACCAGCGCUUCCACUAGCCAAAUCAAAGUCAAAUGAGUCGCAGUUUCGAGACACCCCCCUUUCCAGCACUAGUUCUCCACAAUCGCAUUCAUUGGCAUCAUCAGCUAUUGGGGGAACAGUGCUGGCAGGCAGUAAUGCUUCGUCACAACCACGUUCCCGCUUGCAUACAGAUCCCAGUCCAGAUAGUUAUUCUUCGGCUAGCUCGGACGUAUUCGCUGAGAACAAUAAUAAUCCAAACAAUCUUCAAGUACCACGAUCACCCGGUACAUUAACCCUAGGCAUGGGGCACACCAUAUCACAUCGGUUUGCCAAAGUCUUCCAGGUGAUGUCAACAUGUGACCUUUGUCAGAAGCAAAUGUUUUUUGGUCUCAAAUGUAAAGAAUGCAAAUACCGUUGCCAUAAGGACUGCGAACCGAAUGUGCCGCCUUCUUGUGGACUACCGCCGGAAUUUGUGGAUGAGUUCAAGAAAACACUCAAGGACCAAGUAGGCUUUCCAACUCUACCGCAUAAUCAGCCAACUGCGAAUACAUCGCCUAAUCUAAAUACUUUUGGGAGAAACAGAGCUCAGCGCCGUAAUAAGUCUGGUUCGACAGUGAGUAGCAGUCAUCAGCCCGAUAGUAGUUCACCCGGCUCCAGCUGCAACAGCUCUAGUCCUUCCAGCCCAGCGCUAUUUAAUAUGCAACAACAACAUGGAUCUGUACAUGCGGGUACAGUCUUCAUUACUAGUGGUGGUAAUAUGAUGAGCUCCUCCGGCGGUGGUAGCUCAAGUACAAGCUCUAAUAUGCUGUCCACGCCCUCCUCAUUCCAAAAGAAUACGAGCCAAUUCAACUUUCCAGACGUGACCAUCACCUCUAAUUGCAAUCAAGCCGCUGGUGGCACAACACAGACACUAUAUUCCUCCCAGAAUAGUGGCACAGAAUCGAAUAGCGGUGAACUUAUUUGCUCACAGCUAUCAGACUAUCAUGAUGGUAACAACUCGCUCACAUCUUCCAUCAAUAAAUCGAGUUGCGGCAGUGAGAGUUUAUCUAGUAGCACAGUAGUCGCCUGCAUGGGAUCCUAUUCUAGCAACACGAACAUUUCUACAGUAACAACUUCGACCAACAGCACUGUGCACUCCAUUACUUCGAGUAUAGUCAGCACUGGUACGGGUUCAUUCUACCCGCGAAAACUGAGCUCAGCUGGUGUCGACAAGCGUGCUCCUUUUUCAGAGCUAUCCGAUACACACAAAUCUAACGAUAGUGAUAAAACUGUUUCGUUGUCGGGAAGCACUUCAGCAAGUACUGACUCCGACCGGACACCGAUACGACUGGACUCUACCGAAGAUGGUGAUUCGGGAAAUUGGCCUCGUCAAAAUUCACUGUCACUCAAGGAAUGGGAUAUACCUUAUGGUGAUUUACAUUUACUUGAAUCUAUCGGCAAAGGACGGUUCGGUACGGUGCAUCGUGCAUUAUGGCAUGGCGACGUAGCAGUGAAAUUACUCAAGGAAGACUAUCUCGACGAUGAGCACAUGCUGGAAGCAUUCAAAUUGGAGGUAGCCAACUUCAAAAAGACGCGACAUGAGAAUCUUGUACUCUUUAUGGGCGCUUGCAUGAAUCCGCCACACUUGGCCAUCGUAACGUCGUUGUGUAAAGGCAAUACGCUCUAUACCUACAUACAUGCACGGCGCGACAAAUUCACCAUUAAUCGCACCACGCUAGUGGCGCAGCAGAUCUCUCAAGGAAUGGGCUAUCUGCAUGCUCGUGGCAUUCACCACAAGGAUCUACGCACAAAGAAUAUUUUCCUGGAGAAUGGAAAAGUUAUCAUAACUGACUUCGGUCUAUUCAGCUCCACCAAACUACUGUAUUGUGAAAUGGGAUUAGGUGUGCCCAAUGGCUGGUUGUGCUACCUGGCGCCAGAGCUGAUGCGUGCACUAAUGCCACGCAAGCCGACCGAAGAGAUUUUACCCUUCUCCAAGGCAUCAGACGUAUAUUCCUUUGGUACGGUAUGGUAUGAGCUGCUUUGUGGUGAAUUUCCAUUCAAAGCGCAACCACCUGAGUCAGUCAUUUGGCAAGUGGGACGUGGCAUGAAGCAAACACUGGCUAAUUUGCAGACAUCGCGGGACGUUAAAGAUAUACUUAUGCUCUGUUGGUCAUUCCAAGCGGAUGACAGGCCAGACUUUGCCAAGUUACUGUCGCUAUUGGAACGUCUGCCUAAGAAACGUUUGGCGCGCAGUCCCUCACAUCCAGUACAAUUGUCGCGUUCAGCAGAGUCAGUAUUUUAAUCAAGGAAAGUUAUGUAAAAUCAGCAAGAUAUUCAGUACCAAAAAAUGGGGCAUCCGAAGGACUGGGACACAUGUUUAUUUACAUACAUUUGCAUGUAUGUACAUUAAAUUAAUCAGUAUACGCAGCUGAGGAUGAUGAUCAUUUAAGAUUUAUAAAUUGCGGUAUGCAUAAACAUUUGAAAAGAUAUAUAUAUAUAUAUUAAAUAUUAAAUAUCGUUAUUAUAAACUAGAUUUAAGUACUAAAAGUUUACGAACACGUAUAUGU